CACAUCAGUGGUCAGUGCAACGACGAUCUGUCAAAUAAAGCAUCUUACUCUUCUGGGUUUUGUUUCUUUGUUUUUAAAAGAUAGGCUCUUGGCUGACUGUAAGUGAACAGGCAAUAAUGAUAAGCUAUAGUAAGUAUAAGCUUUCAGAGGAGGAGGGCAUAUUUCACGUUAAGCAGCGGAUUUGGGUAAAUGAUUGAUGUGCUUCUUCCGCAGAUCAGGAAUCAACAGCACUGCCCGAAAAAUGGGACGACAUGCAAAAUCAGCAGCUCAAAAUAGCGGAAUUGAAACCAGAUGCAAAAGACUACAAGCAAGUGAAGGAAAGGUUUCUGAAGACCGCUCCAUCACUGAAUCUGAAAAUUGAAAAGAUUGAAAGGGCCCAGAACCCAUCUUUGUGGAAAGUCUACGGAAUAAAAAAGUGUCAGAUGGACGACAAAAACAGCGACAACAGCAAUGAGAAGUUUCCGUCCCGUGGGGCAAGCGCAGAGUCGUUAACCUUCAUUAGCAACUGUGGAUUUAACCGCAGCUAUGCUGGAAUGCACGCUGCACCGUAUGAAAAUGGAACUUACUUGGCUGUUCACGCCAGCUAUUCUGCUGGCGACGUCUACUCAAAACCAGAUGCAAACGUGGAGCGGGUUCACCUGCAAACAACCGGAAGAGCGGAGAUACAGACCUUCUGGACACAAGUUCUCAUGUAAUACUCAUUCAGAGUAAGUGUACAAGGACAGUGGCAAAGGACACUGUGGAAAUGAUGACAGAGUAAAUGUAAUGUCACCGAGUGCCUCCGCUACAGCGUUCUCCAGCAAGUUUCAAACCGCUUCUUGGAUGUACAACCACUUAGGACAAUUCAAUGCUGCGAUGGCAAAUUUGAAAUAAAUUUAAUAUCAACAGAUGCUAGAAAUCCAA